AGUUAUCUCCGUUCAACUGGUUCGUUCAAUUUGAACAGCCUUUAGCUUGCGCAAGAAAUUUAGAUUGACUUCCAAUUGAUCAGUUAUUCUCCAACGCUUUAACAAACAUGUUUCUGAAAAAGAGGGCUUCAAAGUUGAUUCUCUUGUUAUUUUUCGUCAAUUCGUUAUUCGUCGUUAGUGGUGGCAAGAAAAGUAAGGACGGCGAGAAACCGGCAUGGGCAAAGAAAGAUAUUAGAGAUUAUAGCGAAGCCGAUCUAGAGCGCCUUCUUGAUCAGUGGGAUGAAGAUGAAGAACCUCUACCUGAUGAUGAGCUUCCUGAGCAUUUACGUAAACCCCCACCAAUUGACUUUUCAAAGAUUGAUGCCUCUGAUCCAGAAAAUCUACUUAAAGUGUCAAAAAAAGGUAAAACAAUUAUGACUUUUGUGCAAGUGUCAGGACAGCCAACACGUAAUGAAGCUGAAGAUUUAACAAAACUAUGGCAGAGUGCAUUGUGGAACAACCAUAUACAAGCUGAAAGAUUCAUGGUAGAUGACAACCGUGCAAUUUUCAUGUUCCGAGAUGGCUCACAAGCAUGGGAAGCAAAGAAUUUUCUGAUUGAUCAGGAUAGAUGCCUUUCAGUCACCAUAGAAAACAAAGUGUAUCCAGGGAAGGGAAACACAGAUAAGGUAAAAAAUUCCAAAGAAGAAAAGAAAAGAAAAUCAAACAAGGGUAAAUUGAAAACUGAACUGUAAUAUUAACCUGAAUAGAUUACUUAACUAUGACAAAA